GUCUACCAGUCUAUCGUUCGACACCACAACGAUCUGUUCUCGAAUGGUCGUCCGCUUCAACCAGGGGGACCUCCGGUUAGCCGUACCGUUUCAUACCAAAAGGCAUGCAGCAUUGAUUUGCUCUACCGCUUGACAGCUCAGUAAAUCGGUACGGUCACGUUAAACUCAGCUCCCAGUGAACCGGGACCAGGACACAUUUUUGCUUCCGGACACCUUACGAAGCACACAUACAGCUCUUCUCCAACAGGCCCACCGUCUACUUGACUACACUUCCCCAACCGAGCAUGGUGAAAUUGUGAUACGGUAGGGUCACCAGCAUCAGUCCACGCGGGCGUUACCGCCUUCUCCCGACCAAGGUUUUCCGAAACCCGAACCAAGCGAACCAAAACGUUGCCCUUUGGCCGAGGAUUUUCUGCCACUGUUGCACGAUCCGGUGCGUUCUGCCUGCGUGUGUGGGGCGGAAAAAGCGGCACAGUUCACCGAGAGCGCAGCCUGCUGGCCAGUGAGUGGUCCGUCCGUGCACUGCAGUCAGUUUGGCACGCUUUCCAAAAUACAAACCAAACGCGCUGCUGCCAUGGCAACGUUUCUGCGAGCUUUCGGUCGCUUUUUCACAAAGCACCCGUUGGCGGGAAAUGGACUCGUGUACGGCACGCUGUACGUUGGUGCUGAAUUUUCGCAACAAACCAUUACGCGAAAAUUUUUGACUGACCCUCCGCAAGAUAUCGACCGCCCCACACUGGCGCGGUACGCCGUUAUGGGAACGUUUAUCUACUCUCCCAUACUAUACAAUUGGUACAAGUGGCUGGAUAAAACAUUUCCCGGUACUGCCAAGCGCAUUAUUGUGAAGAAGUUGCUGUUGGAUCAGUUCAUUCUUACGCCACCAUUGUUGGUAAUAUUUUUCACCGGAAUGUCUCUUAUGGAGCGACAAUCAUCAAUCACCGAAGAGUGCCGGCAAAAGUUUUUGCCCACGUUCGCACGAUCCUGCCUGUUCUGGAUGCCAGCCCAAACGCUCAACUUUGUUCUAGUGCCACCGAAAUUCCGCGUCGUUUACGUGGGCUCCUGUGCCUUCGCCUGGGUCAACAUCCUGUGCUGGGUAAAGCGCCAGAAGAUGUUAAGCUCCAACUAAGCAUAAGGAAACGCACAACAGCAACUCAUAGAAUGUCGCCAGUAAGCUUUUAGAUAGGAAAAUCCAAAGGCCAUAUAUGUUUUACCAAAUGAAAUAGGUCGCUAGCUAGGUGAAGCGCUUGCAGAGCAUUGCGUUUUAUACGUCUCUUACCAGUAGCAUAAGCCGUUGCGAAUGUACGAUGUAAACAUAUUUAUUAUUGCUAUCUGAAUGCAAUAAAUGUCUCUAAACCAAAA